UUCGCUGUCAUCUCAACUGUGUUUCUACCACCGGGCAGGAGGGAGGGGCCAGUAUGACGUUGCUAUGCAACGAGUCAACAAACACGGACACGGAUCAAUGGACGCUGCCAUGUCCUCAGCAAACCAGAGACCCUGUGCCCAGGAGGGCCCCACCACCUUCAUUGCUGAUGAUAGAGGACAUCUGCUCCCAGGCGUGAAGAAGAGGGGAAAUGCAUGGCCUGACUUUAAGGGGACCUGGGAUCUACCUGCUCGUAUCGUCCCAGGCCGCUCUGCAGAGGGCCUCCGCAGGUUGAAGUCCUCGGCCUUUGAGCCACAGCACUCUGUCUGCAAAAACACUGGCAGCCUGCAGGAUGUUGGCGAGCACGCUAUGCAGCUGGCCGAGAAGCAGCUUCACCCUCCAACCAGACACACCGAGACCAGCAUCAAGGCCACUGAACGUCUUUCGUAGUGGAUGAAAACCAAAGGCUAUAAAUACGUUGAUAAAUAGGUGAUGGUAAAAAGCACGAAACGCUUUUUGUGAAAUAUUCUCUUAGAGACGUGUUUCUACCCUUUGCACACUGCCUGUAUCCGCCCAUCUGGUCCUUCCUCGUAAGUGUGGAUUCUACUUUUAUGGUUACAAUCUAAUCCGUUGUCCCUCGGGGGCCAAACAGCCUGUAGAGCUUUCAUGCUUCCAGUCUUUAAAUCAUAACUAAACACCGAGAGCUGCUGGAUGACA